AUGGAGAAACCUUGGAAAUGUGAGGACUGUCGUAAAAGUCUCAAUUACCCAUCCCUGCUGGAAAACCAUCAACGUAUUCACACUGGGAAGAAGUCAUUCAUUUGUUCUGUAUGUGGAAGGGAUUCACUUGGUUAUCUGGCCUUUGAUCACACAAUUCACACUGAGGAGAAGCUGUUCAGCUGCAAUUCCUGUGGAAAGAGGUACAGACAUUCUUACGCCCUUACUGUACACCAUCAUAUUCACAGUGGUCAAAAACCAUUCGCCUGCCCUGAGUGCGGGAUGAGAUUCACUCAGAACUUUCACUUGCCGGCACACCGAUGUAGUUACACUGGGGAGAGGCCAUUCGCCUGCUCUGAGCGUGGGAAAGGAUUCACAGUUUUGUCUGACCUCACUGCACACGAGCACACUCACACAGGGGAGAAGCCAUUCACCUGCUCCAUUGUGUGGGAAGACAUUUGCUUGGUCUUCCAACCUCACUGCGCACCAGCGGUUCACACUAGGGAGAAGCCAUUCAUUUGCUCCACGUGUGGGAAGCGAUUCGCCAAGUCUUCCAACCUGUUAACACACCACUGA